ACCGACCCUCCACCUUGUCCUCGAUGCUCGUAUCUUCUGUACAAUUCUUCUGCUGUUUCCUUGCUGUAACUGCAGUAAAACCCGCGCGUCGGUCCUACUACAGAUCCAACAAUUUGAGUAUUUGGAUCAAAGUCAAAUUUGCUGCUUCCUUGCUGUAACUGUAAGGAUGAUGGAAACCCAGAUCGAAUAACUGAUGAGUACUUGGAUCAAAGUCAAAUUUUGCCAACAGAGCAAUCUUGAUGGUCAAGUACUUUCCAACUUUGUCCGCUAACAGAGGUUCCACUUGCAAUAAUAUUACCAAUCAUGGAAAGAGUUCUUGGGAAGGUUAGGAAGCCUACAAUAUUAGCAGAGGGUCCACUUGCAAUUAAGAUGAGUUGUAGAAGCUUCUCUUGAGUUGUAGAAGCCUACAGUAUUAGCAGAGCUUUCAUCUUACAACUUCUAAGAGCAAAGCAAUUCUGACAAGCUAAAGUACAAAGAGCUUUCCAAAUCCCAAAUCCAGCCAAUGCCCAAAACUGGUCAUUCUACUGCACAAAACCAAAUUGGUAGCAUUCAAGAAGAAGAAACACAUGAAGUAACUGUGGUUAUGGUUCCCCUUCUUUUACAAGGUCAUCUCAACCAGCUCCUCCAUCUCUCCCGCCUCAUCUCCUCCUACAAUAUACCCGUUCACUACGUUGGCACGGCCACUCACACCCGCCAGGCGAAGGUCCGAGUACAAGGUUGGGAUCCUCUUGCCAUUUCCAACAUCCAUUUCCACGAUUUUCCUGUCCCUUCUUAUGAAACUCCUCCUCCCGACCCAAACGCCCCGACAAAAUUUCCCGUACAACUCAUCCCAAUGCUGAAAGCAUCCAUCAAACUCCGGGAGCCAGUUUACGCACUUCUGCAACAACUUUCUAGCACAACGAGAAGAUUGGUGGUUAUUUAUGACUCCGUUACGCCAUAUGUCAUCCAGGAUGUUGAUUUAAUUCCCAAUGCAGAGUCCUAUAGCUUUAUGAGCGUCUCAGCCUUCACCGCGUACGCAUAUUCUUGGGAAAAAAUAGGGAAACCUAGAGUACUCGAGCCUGAAAUACUUGAAGCACUCGAAAAUCUUCCAUCACAUGCAAGUUCUUUACCUCAAGAGUUGAAAGAUUUCAUAAAAUUGCAAAAUGAAUCCAAGCCAAUUAGCUCUGGGGGCGAUCUGUACAACACAUGCAGGUUUAUAGAGGGUCCAUACCUUGAUCUUCUUGCAAAAGCCAGUGCUGCCGAUUCCCACAAGCAAUGGGCUGUUGGUCCCUUCAACCCAGUUGAGAUCAAUGAGCAGAAAAACACGGGACAGAGACACUAUUGCCUGGAGUGGCUAGACAAACAAGGCCCAAACUGGGUCAUUUUUGUUUGCUUUGGUUCGAAUACUUCAGUAUCGGACGAGGAAGCCACGCAGAUCGCGAUUGGAUUAGAGAAAAGCGGGCAAAAGUUCAUAUGGAUACUGAAGGAUGGAGAUCAAGGAGAUGUCUUCAAGGGAGAAGUUAGGAGAGUUCAGUUGCCCGGAGGAUUCGAAGAAAGAACUGAAGGAAGAGGAAUAAUUAUGAGGGAUUGGGCACCCCAACUGGAGAUUCUUGGACAUUCAUCAACAGGUGGAUUCAUGAGCCACUGCGGAUGGAACUCGUGUAUGGAGAGCAUUAGCAUGGGAGUGCCGGUGGCGGCAUGGCCUAUGCAUACUGACCAGUACAGAAACGCAAUACUACUGGAAAAGGUGCUGAAAAUUGGUCUGUCGGUAAGGGAUUGGUCUCGGCAAGACGAACUUGAGACAUCCAUGGCUGUUGAAAAUGCUGUGAGAAGAUUGAUGGAUUCAGCUGAAGGAGAAGAGAUGAGGCAAAGGGCAAAAGAAUUGAGCAAAGCAGUAAAGGAUUCUGUUAUGGAAGGCGGUACUAGUCGCUUGGAGAUGGAUUCUUUCAUUGCUCAUAUUGGUCGGUAGGUUUUCUGUUCAUCCAAACAAAAUAAAUAUGUUCUUUAAUCAGGAGAAAUUCUGAUUAAUAAGCACUGUAACUUCUUGAGUUAGAUUAAGUGCAAUGAAAUCUUAAUUAGACUGCAGAAGAUCAGCUUUCUAACAGUAUUUCCAUUAAUUAAACACUUGGCUCUCCUGUUGCGAUAGCUCUUGUGCUAUGUUUAUGUUUAUUGGCUAG